GUUCAGUACCCCUCGCUGUUGCAAUGCCUCAGCUUCAAAACACGACAUGUUCCAGAGUAAUUCUGCAUAUGGAUUUAAUUGAGCUUUAGCAGGAAGAGAAAGGGGGAAGCAUCACACGAUUGAACCCCCUCUAUCUUCGCACAUAAAAGAUCUAUAACAGCUCCGUAUUUUUUGAUUUGAUAUAGAACAUGUUAAUGUGUAUGUAUGAAUGCCGUCUGAUAACAUUAAAUUGUUCGUUUUAAGCUCUGCACUAACUCUAUUCUCGGUCGUCGUCGUUGUCGCAGGAUCUCACAUCAAGAAGCUUAUUAUAAUCGGUUCAGUGGCAGGAGCGGUGGGCUUCGUUUUGGUCUGCGUCGCAUUAUUUCUAUGUACGCGAACGCGUUACACAGACUCUAUCAUCUAUUGGAACAAACCGACAAAUGUAGUAAUGAUCGAAGACUUUCUGAAUGAUUAUGGAUCCUUGGCCCCUAAAAGAUACAAGUACUCGGAAUUGAAGAAGAUGACCAAAUCUUUCAAAGAAAAACUUGGGAAAGGUGGAUAUGGAAGUGUGUUCAAGGGAACCCUUCAAGAUGGGCGUUCGGUGGCUGUGAAGAUCCUGAGCAAAUCCACAGAAAAUGGAGCAGAGUUUAUAAACGAAGUUGCCAGCAUCGGUAGGACUUCCCAUGUCAACGUCGUGAGUCUACUCGGCUUCUGCCUCGACGGUCACAAACGAGCUCUGGUCUAUGAAUUCAUGCCCAAUGGGUCACUGGACAAGUACAUCUACUCUGACGAGCCGAAGGCAUCGCUUCCAUGGGACAGACUGUACCAGAUCGCCGUCGGCAUCGCCCGAGGGCUGGAGUAUCUGCAUCGCGGCUGCAACACUCGCAUAGUCCACUUCGACAUAAAGCCCCACAACAUCCUCCUGGACCAGGACUUCUGUCCCAAGAUAUCCGACUUUGGAUUAGCCAAACUGUGCCCUCCCAAAGAAAGCAUCCUCUCCAUGGCAGACGCAAGAGGAACCAUAGGUUACAUUGCACCGGAAGUCUUCUCGAGGACCUUCGGGAUGGCGUCGACUAAAUCCGACGUCUACAGUUACGGGAUGAUGGUCCUGGAAAUGGUCGGAGGAAGAAGGAAUGUGAAUGCAUGGGCAGACAGGACCAGCGAGAUAUACUUUCCGCAUUGGGUCUACGAACAUCUGGAUCGAGAUGGAAGUCUUGAAGCCUACGAUGUGACGGCUGAGACGGAGGAAAUUGCGAGGAGGAUGAUAAUGGUCGGUUUGUGGUGCAUACAAACAAUGCCACCGAGUCGGCCUUCCAUGAGCAGAGUCGUGGAAAUGUUGGAAGGAAGAGUCGGCGACAUGGAGAUGCCACCCAGACCAUAUCUUUCGUCCCCUCAGCGACCGGUCGUCGUCACCUCUUCUUCCUCUUGACGGUAAGCAAACUAAAAGAAGAACUCGGAGUUAUUUUUCCCCUCUUUUUGCCCUUUUUCUUGAGAUCUUCUUGUCAAUCACAUGAAAACUAAUUCAAGUGUCUGCUUAAACAUAUCGGAAUUCUUA